UACAAGAUUCGCAGCCUCUGUAAAAAGCUGACAAGCACCUAAAUAUUGUUUUCGUGCAGGUGUACUGAAGAGAAAAAUGUAAAUAAUUUAAAAUUGUAGUGAAUUGAUACGGUUGUGAUAAAAUGAAAUAUUGGACAAUAAGAAUAUGUACCUUAGGGCUAGUGUAGUAAAUUCGUGUUAGAUGUUAUACUUUUAAAUAUAUACCUAUUUUUUGGUGGAAAAAUGCACGGGUACCCUGUUAUGCAGGUGGUGCAGUACCACAUACCACCUACGCUUCAACCUUAUCCACAUCAUUUACCCCAUACUGCUAAUCCCGGUGGAAGUGGAAUUAGGAAAUAUGUCUUUUGGUGUUGUGCGUGUGGUGGUUUAUCUACAAUACUUGGAGCUUUAUUUUUGGCCGUUUACUUCCUGCUUCGAUCGUAUACUUCAACUCUUGGUUACUUUGAAACUAUUCCAACAUUCGUGCCUGCCACUAUGUUAAUUUUAACGGGGAUUUGUGUAAUAAGUCUGGCCAGAAGGAAAAAUAGAUACAGUUAUUUGAUCAAAGUUUGUGGCCUUUGCUGUUUAGUGUGUGCCUUAACAUGUGUGUUGGUCACCAUUACUACCACCGUAAUCCAUAUGAACAGAUUGCAAACUCUCAGAGAAUGUGUAUAUACCGCAAAAACAAGAACCUGUACCUGCUACUCAGUAAUACUAGAAGCUCAUGCAACUGCAGAUGAUGGUAUGAGAUACGUUUUUGAUUCAACUCCUGAUUGUGAAGUAAUCCAUGGUGCUCUUUAUUCUUGCCUCAGGGCAAUGUUUGGACUUUCUGUAAGCGGAAUAUUAGUAUGUAUUUUUUCAUGCAUGCUGGUGUACCAAUUACUAAGUCAUGAAAAGAAAAAAAUGUAUUGGGAACAAUUAGAAAUGCGAUGUAGAUCUUUCUACCAGCAACAUUCCGGCCCAUCCAGUAACCAUGGUUCAGUUAGAGGACCUCCAAUACCGCCAUCUACAUAUUGCAGUUGUUGCGAAGAAUGCCGGUAUCCAUCUGUGCCUGCUGGUCCACAAGUCUAUCCAUGGGAUAAUCAUUUAUCCACCGAUAGGUUUUGGGCACCAGGACGUAUAGGCAAUUUCUAUUCGCCUAAUCCUGAAGACGGUUCUACGAAUAUACCGCCAGAUAAUCAUGUUAGGGUUAGAAAUUCGAGUGGGUGGAAUUGGAGAAGAUUGCCCUGGAGCAGAAGUAAUGUUGGCCAAGUUGAAGCACCGAGAGAUAACUCUAUGACAUACCAAGGAGCUGUUAGCAGUGCAGACAGUCAAUACGGUUUUAGUAAUAGAUCAGGAACUGAAAACACUAUGCAAGACCAAUUGACAGGUUCUACAGGAUCUUAUAGUAUUUUAGACAAUCGAGCCCCGGUUGGUGGAGUUUAUGUAUGGGGUCCACCUCCUCCGUACUCAAAUCCAAAUUCUCCAGCCAGGAGGCCUAUGAAUUCCCCAGGAAGGUAUCAUCACAUUCAUCAUCAUUCACAUGGCCAUGAAUCCCAUUGUCAAAUGAACGAGAACAAUCAAUUUCGAGUUUCUAGACGCACUAGACCUCAUUUCAACACCAAAGAUAAUUACGAAAAUACAACAGAACCAGAAAUUCACCAUUCUAAUGAAAAUAACGAAAGCACAGAUACUUCAAGUUGCGUGGACAGAAUAUCACAUACCCUUCCAGCUAGAAAAAUGAAGAAAAGAGUAGAGAUGGCUUCUGUAAAAUCAAACAUGCAGUCAAAUACAAGAACAAAUAUUCAGAGUGUUUUUAGUCAACCUAAUCAAGAAGAAAACAAACAAGAAACUGAACACGCCUACCACGAGCCUACUGUACCUGAUUCCAAAACCAUCGAAAACCAGAAAUGCCGUUUUUUACCUCGCCUUCAAGGUGUAGAAAACGCAGCAUUUCAAAAUCAAGAAAAUAGUCCGCAAAAACCUGAACCAAGUGAAUCUGAAGUUUAUUUUGCUGACGUGAGUAGUUGUUGUAAUAUUUCAGUCCGGAAUGAUGGACAAGAUUCGUCAUUGUACGACGAAGCCCUAGAAUCUCAAAAACCUAGACUAAUUUCUCUACAAAAAGCUGAUCCAAAAGAUGUGAAUACCAGUCAGUUGUUACAAACGUUUCAGGAAAAUAUAUCAUCUUCUACUGUGACCGAGGAUGAAGAUUAUUUAGCGCACAGAAUGGGAAAUAGACAAAUGUCUACCAGGAGCAGAAUGCCGUUUCCCUUACCUGAUUCCAGUGAAAUGGAAUUCAACGCCGAUUCUUGCCUUCAACUUUUACCAAAAGAUAUAUCCCAAAAUAGUCUUUGUAGUAGCGUACAGACGCCUUUGACAGAAACUACGGAUGAUACAAUAUCUCCAGAUGAAUGUUGCAAUUACUUUCCAGAAAAACCUUGCGAGCAGACGCCUAAGCACAGGGGAUUCUCAAGUUCAGUAGAUCAUUAUUUAGCCCCUGAUGCUCAAUAUGAAGUUAUUACAAAUCAAGAAAAUUACCGACAAAGUUCUAGUAACCUAGCAAAUACUAUUUCCGGUUUAAAUUACGACCAAAAUUAUUACAACCAAAACAAAGCAAACUUUGGUUAUAACAAUUCUGGUAGUAAAAAUGUGCCACCAAAAACUUUGAAUUUAAACCAAUCCACAAGACGAAACUUAGGUUCUAAUAUCUCGGCAUUAAUACAGAACUUGGGCGGAAAUCCAGCUGGCCUACUUUAUGAAGAAGCUAACGUCGAUGAUGAAGUGCAGGGUCACGCUUGUCAUAGCGAUGGCACCAUGGAUUCAGGCUGGCAAAGCGGGUCUGAGAAAACUGAAAAUCGAAAUCAAGAGGAGAAUGAUACUGCCCAUAAACCUGUUAAUGUUUAGAAACCACAAAAAUAUUAAGGCGAAGUGAAAUAAUAAUUUAUGAGAAAACAAAAAACAUUAAAAUGUUUAUCUACCUUCAUAAUCUAUUGUAAUAACUGAAUUUAGGGCAAUGUGAUUUUAUGUAUCAACUAUGCAGGGUGGGCAAUCGGUAACCCCUCGGUCUGUAGAGAAAAAAAUAUUUGAUUUUUUAAGAUCUGUUUCCACAGAAAGAUGUAUAUCAGAAAAGGCAACAAUUUAAAAAUAAUUUCAAUUAUACAGGGUCUUCGAGAAAGUGAUACAUCUCAAAGUUAGUUUUUUUUUUUAAUGGAACAUCCUGUAUUUUAUUUUGUGUUUGAAUUACUCUCUCUCUCUCUCUUCUCAUUACAACAAUAACAAAUUAUAAGAAUAUACAGGGUAUUUUACACACUUUAGCCAGUUUUAUGAAAAUCGUAUUGAUUUCAAUGACCAGUAUACUCCAGAAGAAACAAUUGAUUUUUAUUGCGGUAAAAGGUUUUCGAUAUAAGUCAACAUUUUAUGCCGAUGCACUAUUUUUUCCAGUUCGAAAUAAAUAUGUACAGGGUGCGUCAAAACUCAAAUACAUCAUUGUCACAUUUUUUAAUUGGCCACCCUGUAUUUUAUAUCGCUAUUUAAAAGGACAUUAACUAAAGAUUCAUUUGAGUUAAGCAUUCCUUAUACCUAAAGUUACUAAUUGGGAGAGAUUUUUAAAUUUAAAUGAGAAAAAGAUAAUUCACAAUUAUUUUAACGAGUCACUUGUUAAUAGGAAAUAAACUGUGUGUUAAUUGGUAAUUAGAAUUUUAACAGUUAUAAUUUUAUUAUGGACUGAAUAAGUUUCUGACAAUACUUAAUGUGCCUUUUACAUUAAGUAAAAGAAUAAAUAAAAAUACCUACUUUAUUCUAAGUUUAUUACGUGUUAUAACAGAUUUUGUUAAAUUAAAAAAAAAAUCUCUAAGUAGCCUCCAAUAAUAUUUAUGGAGGUCUAAAGAUGGUUUUUAAAGGUCCAACUUACAUUUCUAAGCAUUUCUCGAGUAACAUUUGAAAUAUAUCUUCUAUUUAAGACUAAACGUCAUAUUAAAAAACUGCCUAGACUUUUUUAAAAACGUAUAUGGCAACAAUAACGACAUUAGUAAUAACGAAGUUAACCUAAAAUAUAAUAAACUUAGAAUAAAGUAGGUAUUAUAAUGGAGUGAGUCUAUGAAUGGUUGCUAUUGGUAUUUAUUUUUAACUGAAUGAGAGUGCAAUUUGAAAAUGUCAAAAAUGUAUUCAGUCUAUAAUAAAUUACAGCUGAUUAAAUUCUAAUUACUAAAUAACAAACAAUCUAUUUCCUGUUAACCAGUGGCCAGUUAAAAUAAUCUUUUUUGUGAUUUAAAUUUAAAAAUUUUUCAAAAUUAUUUAACACAAAUGGAACUUUAAUGAAGGUACUUUUAAAUGGUGAUCAAUUAACAAAAAAAUGCGAAAAUGAUAUAUUUGAGUUUUGAAUCGCCCUGUAGAUUUGCUUCGAAUUGAAAAAAGUAGUGCAUUGGCAUAAAAUGUUAAGUACAAUCGACAAAACUUUUACUACGAGUUUUUAAUUGUUUCUUCUGCAGUAUAGAGGUCAUUAAAAACUGGUUGUAACAUGUAAAAGACACUGUAUAAUCUCAUAAUAUUUGCUACUGUGUUAAUGAGAAAAGCGAUAGCAAUUCAAAUUUAAUAUAAAAUAUAGGGUGUCCUAUUAAAAAAAACCGUAACUGUAAUAUGUAUCACUUUCUUGGAGAACUCUGUAUAAUUAAAAAUAUUUUUAAAUUGUUGGUUUUCCUGAUAUACAUCUCGCUGUACAAACAGUUUUUAAAAAAAUCGAAUAGUUUUGGCUCUACAGACCGAGGCGUUAUCGAUGGCCCACCCUAUGAAUUUGUCCUUCACAAUCCUUAGAAACAACAAAUUAUUCGGAAAAUAUAAAUUCUUAAUAAAGGUGCAUUUAAAUUAGAGCAAACAAAAGCGAACAAACGAAUUCGUUUGUUUAAGAGCAUUAUCCAGUACGCUCCUAACUUAAAUUUCAAAUCUGCUAAAAUAGGGGACCCAGUACUUCUCAGCGAACGACGCGCGCUCAAUGUUUAUAGGAUAGUUUCUCGGGUGCCGAUCCUGGAGAUAUGGUCAAUAUCAGUGCGACGUUGGUAGACGAAUGCAUGCGUUAAUUUACACCAAAUAAGUACGAAUUAGAACAAAUUCGUUUGGUCAUUCGUUUACUCUGGUUUGCUAUAAUUUUAAUGCACCUUUAGGUUGAUAAAACAUUUAAAACAUUUCAAUGCCUACAUAAUUGUUACAAACAUUUUUCUUCAAUGUACUUCUAAAAUAUUUAAACUUGUAGGUAUUUAUAACAUACACAAAAAAAUAUUUGAAAGGUACGAUCCAUCAUCAAAAGCACAACUAUACGUACCACCAGGGCUGUAUAAUACAUUUGACAGUGACUGGACCUUGGGUCUAAUUCUUAGUAGGUAUGUGGUAUAUUGGUUAUUAUACCAUCGUUUUGUCUUAUAAACUCAUUUUAUAUCAUUAUUUCUUCCAACAGGCUCCAGCUAUCCAGCUGUUUUCUAAAAAUUUUAGUUUCAUACAGGGUGUUUCAUUGGUAAACAGAUAAGCGUUAGCUGUGGUUUAGAUGGUUCUAAAAACCUAUGGUAAUGGAACUUUAAUGGCCUUUAAUGACACAGAUACAGGGAGUUUUGUCGAUUUGGGUCAUUUCAUUCAAAGGUCAUAACUAACGAACAACUCAGUAUAUUUUUAUGGAAAACUUUAAAUGGAAUUAUAUCUGGUAUUUUAAAAGAUAUCGACUUGAAAUUUUGUAAUGUCAUUAAGGAAAUAGGGGAAAAAAUAAAAGUAUAUGAGAUACCAUCCUAACGUGAUAAUCGCCGCUCCCAGGUACCCCCGAACCCAAAAAUUUUAAUGAAACCCUCUAAUUUCUUGACAUAUUCUGAAGGAGCGUAGUUUUUUAGAACCUUUAUGUAAAAAAUUACUUAAUUACAUAAUGAACUUUGUAAGAUAUUUACAGCUAAAGGUACAGAUACCAAAUGUUAAGAAUUUAAAUACAUAUACUAAAAAAACUACGCUCUUUCAGAAUCUGUCAAAAAUACAGAGUGUCAUUUAAAUUUUUGGACCGGCAGUGGUUGGGGACAGCAAAUAUCAGGUUGCGGUGGUAUCUUAUAAUAUUAAUUUACCCCUUACUUUCUUAAUGACAUUCCAAAAUUUCAAGUAGAUAUCCUUUAAAACAUCAGAUAUAAUUUCAUUUAAAGUUUUCGCGCGGAAGAUUAAUCCAGGUACAGAAAAACACACUGUAUAUCAUAAUUUUUUAAAACCAUUUUAAUAUUUUAAAGGAGCACAAAAAAUUUAAUUAAACAGAACUUUUCGUAGUUCCGCAUCCGAUUCCACAGGUGACAUUUUAAUCUAGAAUUUACAUUUUCGAUUAAAACGUAAAAGGUUCAUUUUCAUUUAUUAAAACAGACAUGUUUUAACUAUUUAUCCCAUUAAUCUCUUUGUUAAUAACGCCUGUAAGUUUCUUAUACCGGAAAUAUCAGAAAACGUUACAAAUUCAUAUAUUACUUCAAAGAAUCUAACCUACCACAAAAAAUUUAAAAGGAUACUAACAAAGCAGUACAAUUUUUUUUUAAAAAUCUUAAAAAUCCUCCAAAAGCCACACACUUUCCUUAUGUAAAUUGACGACCAGUCAAAUUUACUGAAAUUUGCUGUACUCAACCUAACCAAAAGUCUCAAUAGGUCCCAACUCAAUCCUAUGAAAGCUUCAAAAUAUACAAGGUAAGGUAUUUGUUGGAACGUAUUCUAUUUUAAUAAAAGUACAGAAACCACGAUAUUCUAAAAUUUAUCUGGUCAAAUGUAACGAUUUUCUCAGUAUAUAAUAAUUUUAAUAAUAAUAUUAAAUCCUAUACUAUGGCCAGUUUUCGAGAUACAGAGCGUAACUAAAAAGCUAGAUUAACUUUAUGUAGCAUAUAUACGUUUAAAAGUUUUCAGAUUUUUCACACUAGUCCGUCGGACUUGUGUGUGGACUUUUGCAAGCGACCCAUCAUAGACUGUCAGUUAGCGAUAAGUUUAGUUGCCCCAUUCUUGCAUACAAGCCUCGAGGAGGGUAAAAAAGUACAUGGAUUUUUAGUACAAUGAAAUGAAAUUUAUGAAAGGCUCCUGAGUAUUACAUAUUAUAAAAAAUUCGAUUUUCUUUAACAUGAUUUGCGAUAUCGUCUGCUAUUUACGGGAGAGGUUGCGGCAGCGUUCGGACCCAAACCGAUUAGCGAUCCUGGUUGCUGUUUACAAAUAUGCCUCCGAGGCGACAGAUCAAUGAUGGUGGCAUUUGAAUUAUAGUUGGGGAAAAUCCGGAAAAACUUCACUCACCGUAACCGAAACAGUGACCCACUGCGAUUUGUAAUCUGAAUGUGGCAUCAACACAAACUAAAAUGCUGCUAACGCACCCAUAAAAAACCUACAACGAACCAUGAAUAUUAAUAAAAAAUUCAGAUGAUCUGCUCUGGAAUUCGAAUUAGCGUAUCGCUUGCUACUAAAGAACAUUAAUUAAAUACAGGUACAAAGGGAUUUCAAAACGAUUUUUAAAUUUUGAUCAAUCAGUAUCUACUGGUUUUCACUUGAUUUUAAUUAACAGCUCUCGUUUUGAAGUUUUAAAUAUGACAUUGUUCAUACUCUUUACCAAAUAGCAAUUUCCUAGCGUUGAGUCAGCAUCAGUCUUCUUUAGCCAGCAUAAUAUAUCUACUGCUUGACACAUUUAAGCUUUUUCCAUUUGUUUCUACUAAUUUAUAUUUUUUUCUCGAAGUAGAAUAUUUUUGCUAGUGGUUUUUACGAGGGCCGCCACGAAUUCUUAUCUCAGACCAAAAAAGUUAAUUAAAGUUACAUUAACUGGUAAUUAUUUGAAUACGAAUUCAAAAAAUGUUAUUGCCACUGUCAAAUGAGGAAAUAUCCGAAGGCGGAAACUAUAAAAUUUGUUGGUAUCUGGGGAUCGUUUAUGGGUAUUUAUUAAAUAUAAACUUUACCAUUUUAAUGUUUUUUUUUUUCGUUAAUUUUCAUUUCACCAAAUAAAAACAUUUCCGAUACAUUUUGAUUGCUUUCAAAGCUUCUGGCUGCAUAAGAUAUUGUGUUCAUUAAGAAUUUCUUUUCACUUCUGCUUUUUGGAUGAUAAGAACAUUUAAACAAAGCUCUUAUAUAAUUUAAGUUAUUAAUGUCACAAGACAACACGAGACUGAUAACUCCAUUGGUUUUUUUUAUGAAUAGAUAUGCAAGAUUUAAGUAGAUACUUAUUUAAAAGGAAAAAUUACUGUUUUAAGUUAAUUUAUUCAUUUAGGCUUAAGUGUUUUUCACUGUUAAGCCUCUUAAUAAAAGAAGGUUAAAAAUAAAAUGUUGCAAUUUCUGAUUCAACAUGUGUAAUAUUAACUUUUUUCUAUAGAUGGACGAGUGUUUUUUUACACAAGCUAGAAAAUUGUGAUUAUUGUAUAGAAUUUAAUUUGUUAGAGUAAUA